AUGAGGGUCUCGCUUCUUUUGCCCGUCGCCUCUGCAGCGUUUGCUGCCGCCAGUUUUAUCGUCAUUCCGGACGAACAAACAAUCAAGCUCGUUGCUUCCAACCGUCACCACCAGGCUCCGAUUACUUCCGAUGACAAGCAAAAAGUCGUUGAGCCUGAGAAACCCCGUCAUGAUGGUGGACCACCUCAUGAGCAUCAUGGACAUCAUUGUGAUGUUCUUCAUCCACAGUAUAUUCUUCGGGAACGCUAUGCAGAGCGUAGCCGUCUGCACCACCGUGUGCCAGGAUUCGACCUAGAUACCAUAGAGGGAUUUAGUCCGGCACAUAUCUUCCCUGGAGAGGGGACGUCCAGACUGUCUGAUUUCUUCCGUUUCUAUCGUUCUCCUGGGGAGCCUGAUUAUUAUCCUCACUAUCAUAGGCUGCAUAGAGCUAGAGGGUCAUACGGAGAAUCUCCUGAAGGUCCUCAUGGGGUACCACACGCAAGGCCACGCCCAGGACCAUAUCCUGGACCACACGAGAGUCCGCGUCAGGGUCCGCGUCGAGGUCCGCGUCGAGGUCCGCGUCGAGGUCCGCUUAGGAGCCCGCGCUUACCACCCCACAAAGGUCCACAUGGAGGUCCGCACGAGGGACCCCGUAGACGUUUUGAUGACGGAGAAGAGCCUCCACGCUGGGGUCCACCACCAAGAGAGCCAAGGGAGCCUGGCGAGCCUGGCGAUAGACCACCACCACAUUGGGGGCCGCCACGACGAGGGCCUGGCGAGCCUGGAGAAGAUCCACCAUCAUGGCCACCAAAGCCUCCAGGCAAUCCUGAUGAUAUUCCACGACAGCCACCAGACUGGCCACCGGAGCCGGAGCCGGAGCCGUGUAGGCCAGGUAAGCCUUGUGGACCAGGUAGGCCAGGCGAGAGGCCGCCGCCGCCGCACUGGCCACCAAGAGAACCAAAGGAGCCAGAUCAUAAACCACCACACUGGCCCGGCGAGCCUGGCGAUAGACCACAUCCACCACACUGGCCACCAAGAGAACCAAGAGAGCCAGGGAAAGAUCCAAGGCAUCCACCUCCUCGACAUAACCCAUGGAAGCCCCAUCCUCCUAAUGAAACUAUCUGGCAGCUGAUCUCAAAGUCCAAUCAUACCACUAAAUUCGCCUCCAUCGUAUCCGAACAUGAAGAUCUCGUCGCAGUUCUCAAUAGUACCAUUGCUAACUACACCCUCUUCGUUCCCACCAACGAGGCGUUUAAGAAGUUCAAGAAUGCACCAAAGGAUUGGAAGCCGCCAAAGGAUGUGAUCAAGAGAUUCCUUACUUACCAUAUUAGCAACGGCGCAUAUCCUGUCUUCAAGCUUCUUCUUGGGCAUACUAUUGCAUCCGCUUUAGACGGAGGAGAACUUGGUGGGAAUCAAAGAAUCCGUGUCGCACUUGGUCCUGGUGGUCUUAGCGUCAAUUUCUACAGCCAUGUUGUCGCCGGCAAUAUCUUCGCAACCAAUGGCGUCAUCCAUGCUGUCGAUGCCGUCCUCUUUCCUCCACCACCAGCCGGCAGCAUCAUUCAUUUCUUCCCUUCUGAAUUCAGCACUUUCCUUCUUGCCGCCCAUCUCACAAACUUGACUGAUGAAAUCCCACACGAGCAUACCGGUGGAACCCUAUUUGCUCCCCCCAACUCUGCUUUCCAGAAACUAGGGCCAAAGAUCAACGCCUUCCUCUUCUCCCCAUGGGGCAGGAAGUACCUCAAAGCCCUUCUCAAGUACCACAUCGUCGUCAACGAGACCUUGUAUUCCGACGCAUACUACCAUCCAACAUCAAAGGCUGGUGUCAAACCCCAGGAUAUCCCAAGGGGACAUUACCACGUCGAUCUUCCGACUUUGCUUGAGAAUAAGCAUUUGAGUAUUGACAUCAGCCGCUUCGGCGGGUUGAUCACCAUUCUUAUCAACGCACAGUCUACAGUUAAGAUUCAAGAUGUCAUUGCAAAGGAUGGUGUUAUCCAAAUCGUUGAGAAUGUUCUGGUUCCACCAAAGAAACCACCAACUGGCGAUUCCGCUCAAGAAAUCGAGGAGUUCGAAAAUGCUGAAGAGCUCGAGAAUACAAUGGGAAUGACUGUUGAGCAAUUCCGUGAGAGGUUUGAAGGGUUGGUCGAGGAUGACGGUGUCACUGGAGAAUACAAUGAGGAGGACGUUCUUAAUAUGUGGAAACACUAA